UCUUGUCUUAAAUUUUGGAAGCUCUAUAGAAACUAAUCUCUCCCUCUCUCUCCCGGAUACACUCACAAUCAAACUCAUAGAGUGUCUGUGUACAUCAGUUCAUAUGUGAAGUGAAUAGAAUUAUUCUCGUGCUAUAUACAGCCACCAUCUUUGCGGACAAACAAUCUACAUUUUUUCUUUAUUUGAUUGAAAUGCCAAUCUCAAUAUAUUUGCAUCAUUGCAUGUGGACAUUGAUGAUUUUUCAGUUUUAUUUUUGCUCCUCUCUAGGUAAUUUUCUUGAUCUUCCUUUUAUUUUGGUAAUUUUGAAGAAAGAAAGCAAAUGAAGAAAUCAGUAUCCGAACAGAGCUUGUACAUUGAAAGUGACGAAGAGGAUCAUGAGGAGAAGCCAUAUGAUGCAGGUGGAGAUGAACAAGAUGGGAAUGAUUCCGAUUUCUCCAAUUACUCCAAUGAUAAUAAGAAUAGCCACCAAAGCAAGCCCAAUUCAUACAAUACCUCUUGGCCUCAAAGUUACAGGCAAUCAAUUGAUCUAUACAGUAGUGUUCCAUCUCCAAGUCUUAAUUUUCUCGGGACACCAUCUUUGCCUAAAAGUUCAUACCUUUCCUCAUCCCUUACGAGGAGACGCACUCCAGAGAUAUUACCUUCUCUGGGCAAACCUCUCUUAUCUGAAGUGGAGGAUGAGAAAUUUCCACCACAAAGGCGUAGUUCGCAUUCUCUAUUGCCACCUAUACCGUCAAAGAAGUCAGGAAUAAAAAAAGGGAGUCUCGAUGAGAAAGAGGCCAAGGUCUCUGAUGAACUUCCAAUUUCUCGCCAGAGCUCAUACGGUCAAGCUGUGUUAAAUGGCAUGAAUGUUCUAUGUGGAGUUGGAGUCUUUUCUACUCCAUAUGCUGUCAAAGAAGGAGGGUGGCUCGGGAUUUCUGUACUGCUGACUUUCGCUGUGCUUUCUUACUACACUGGAAUUCUCUUAAGAUACUGCUUGGACAGCCAACCGGGAAUUGAAACGUACCCAGACAUCGGCCAGGCUGCAUUCGGUAAAGUGGGGCGAAUUGCAAUAUCUAUAAUUUUAUACGUGGAGUUAUAUGCUUGUUGCAUUGAAUUCAUUAUUUUGGAGAGCGAUAACUUGUCAUCUUUAUUUCCAAAUGUACAUUUAAGCAUUGGAGGAUUCGAAUUAAACUCUCAUCAUUUCUUUGCAUUGAUGACCGCCCUGGCCAUUCUUCCUACUGUUUGGUUGCGUGACCUGAGUAUUCUCAGCUAUAUAUCCGCUGGAGGAGUCAUUGCAUCGGUGUUGGUGGUUGCUUGCUUGUUCUGGGUUGGUUUAGUGGAUAAAAUUGGCUUUCAGACGAACGGGACAAUGCUGAACCUUUCCACUCUCCCGGUUUCUAUAGGUCUCUAUGGUUAUUGCUACUCGGGGCAUGCUGUUUUUCCUAAUAUCUAUACCUCAAUGGAAAAACCUAACCAGUAUCCUGCGGUCCUCCUGACAAGUUUUGGCAUCUCUACGUUGCUGUAUACCGGAGUUGCUAUAUUGGGAUACAUGAUGUUUGGAGAAUCAACAGAGUCACAAUUCACCCUCAACAUGCCUCAAGAUUUAGUUGCAUCAAAAAUUGCUGUUUGGACCACAGUAGUCAAUCCAUUUACAAAAUAUGCAUUAACAAUGUCUCCAGUGGCAAUGAGUCUGGAAGAAUUGAUACUAUCAAACCACAAAAAGUCUCGUAUAUAUUCUAUACUCAUAAGAACUGCAUUGGUAAUGUCUACAUUGCUUGUUGCUCUCAGCAUCCCCUUCUUCGGUCUGGUGAUGGCAUUCAUUGGAUCUUUACUCACAAUGCUAGUUACGUUGAUUCUUCCAUGUGCAUGUUACCUCAGCAUCUUAAGGGGUAAAAUAAAUCUCUUUCAGGGCUCUGUUUGUAUCUUGAUCAUUGUACUUGGAGUCAUAGCAUCAGGUUUCGGUACCUAUUCAGCCGUCUCUAAAAUUAUCGAGAACUUAAGUUGAUCUUUUCGUGUGAAAUUGUCUUGGUAGGUAUUUUGGAGGAGAUAAUAUGUACACUAGUGAAAGACGCAUGUAUUUUUAGCUUUCUUCGAUCUCAAAUUAGUUUAUGAAUUCUUGAUUGCAAUACAAAGAAUGCAUGACAAUCACAUACUGGGAUGAUAAAUUGUAUUGGUCCCUCGAAAUCUUCAUGAGAUCUUUUACCGGUUCAAAAUUUCAA